UUGGCCAACAAAUUUUACCAGCUCAUUCAAGCGCCGGACAACUCGCAACUCGCAGAGAACAAACAAGCGAUCAUGACUCACAAUAAGGCUUUCCUCUUGGUGUUGUGCUUCGUGGAUGACUACUACAAGCCCCUGAUACGACUCCUGCGGCGUCUGUGGAACAUCCUGAAUCCAGCAUACGAGUCGCGAAACUUCGUGGUGAAUGAUAUCAUGCACGACGAUUUCUUGGCCGCCUUCGAGCAGACGGAAGAGGAGCUCCAGAACACGCCAGAGGACCUCACGCCUGAGCAGAAGAAAGCGCUAAACCAAGAACUGGCCCGGAGAGAGGCGGACCUCACUGACUGGGAACAUAGCCCUCGUUCAGCUGUGCCUCAUCCCCAAGCCCGGCGAGCGAACACUGAACUGGAUGACCAGGGCGAUGGGGAUGAUGAAGAGAGCGAUUCCUCGCAUCCGCGGCCGCCUAGGGGUAAUACUGCGAAAGAUCGUGGCCAUGUAUCGCUCAAGUCCCAACCGACGCCCCGACCGACGACCCGAAAGACCUCGAACGCCGUCGUCGGCAGGGUCACGCGGUCUCGGUCUAUGGCUCGCCGCAAGGCGGAGCAGGGUCCGUCGAGAUCCGCAACAUCACUGAGGUCCGACAGCGAACCGCCUCAGUCGAGGGCUAUUCCGAUUGAAGUCGACAGGAGAGACGUCCAAGGGCCGCGGUCGCGGCGGUGGCAAACAAUCUACGCGAGGACCUGCUAGUGUAAGUGGGGGGUCCGAAGGCGCGAGCGGAAGUCGAGGAACACGGGAACAAGGAGGUCAAGCGACCAAAGGGAGUGGUGGACGGGGAACGAGUGGGAACUUACGGAUACUUUAUAUCCGGCUCUCCCGGACCCGCAGUUCAGGUUGCAUACCACUGUUCUGGCUCUGUCAGUGAGAAUUUGUCGGUCGACGUUGCUCAUGUGCAGAUCAGUUUCAUAGGUUUGAAACGCGCCAUUGCCAUCCAGGAUGGCGCAGCCAGUGAACGUGGGCUGUUCACUGCUCCGACUGGAGACUGCCUGGAA